AUGGCGGCCGGCGCUGAAGGGGCAGCGGGCGCGGGGUCGGGCGGGCUGGCUGUGCUCGGCGCUGUGCCCGGCGCUCCCUGCUGCCCGCACGGUCCUGCUCUCCUGUUCGUGAAGACCAGCCAAGGAAAAGAGGAGGGGAGAAGAUUCUAUGCUUGUUCGGCUUGUAGGGACAGAAAGGAUUGUAAAUUCUUUCAGUGGGAGGAUGAGAAGGUAUCACAAGCUAGACUUGCAGCCCGUGAAGAGUAUAAUAGAAGUCAUCAGCCGCCUUGUACUCACAGACAGAAUGUGGAAAGAUACAAGAAUUUUGUUCUGUUGCCUUUAUCAAAGAGGAGGUUUUGUCAGGAAUGCCAGCAAUUGCUAUUGCCAGAUGAAUGGGAAAAACACUCGAGUCAUCAGUUCCUGUAUGAUAUCUCCACUGCCCAGCUAAGAAGUCCCAGUCAACUUUUGUAUCCACUAGAAAAUAAAAAAACAAAUGCACAGUAUUUAUUUGCAGACAGAAGUUGCCAGUUUCUACUGGACCUUAUUAUUUCACUAGGAUUCAGACGAGUGCUAUCUGUUGGAACACCCAGGCUUCAUGAAAUGAUCCAGUCAAAAGCUUUACAAGAAGACUUCAGGGUUAGAAGCCUUCUGCUAGAUAUUGACUUCAGGUAUUCACAAUUUUACACAGAGGAUGAGUUCUGCCACUACAACAUGUUUAAUCAUUAUUUUUUUGGUGGAGAGGCUGCACAUGAGACUUGUAGGAAAUUCUUACACGAAGAGAAAGAUGAAAGAGUAAUUAUGGUGGCUGAUCCCCCAUUUGGAGGUUUAGUGGAAGCACUGGCUUCUAGUUUUAAAAAACUGAUGGCAAUGUGGAAGGAUACAGAAAAAGGAGGUAAUAAGAACCAAGAGAUGCCCAUGUUCUGGAUAUUUCCAUACUUCUUUGAAUCCCGUAUUCUUGAAUUUUUCCCAAGCUUCAGUAUGAUGGAUUAUCAGGUAGAUUAUGAUAAUCAUGCACUAUAUAAACAUGGCAAAACGGGUCGCAGACAAUCCCCUGUCCGUAUCUUCACAAAUCUGUCCCCAGGUGUGAUUGUACUUCCUGCAGAAGAGGGCUACAGGUUUUGUGCUAUCUGUCAGCGCUACGUUAGUUCUGGCAACCACCACUGUGAAAUAUGCAAUUCAUGUACAUCAAAAGAUGGCAGACGAUGGAAGCAUUGUGUUCUUUGCAAGAAAUGUGUGAAACCCUCUUGGUUUCACUGUAACAAAUGCAACUGCUGUGCUCUGGAAAACCACACGUGUGAGAAGAUUGAUGUGGGCUGCUUUGUUUGUGGCAAGGCAGGUCACAAGCGCAGCUCCUGUCCCAGCCUCUCCUGCACCAGAGCAUCUCACCAAGCUGGCAAAGGCAGAAGACAAAAGCAGAAAACCCUAAAACCUCUAAAGAGGGCAAAGUUGGGAGUUUGUAAAAGAUGGGCCACGAAGCGCACCAUAUUCUCCAGGAGGAAAAUGAAGAAGAAGAAAAAAGACAAGACUACUUGAUACAAGAUCAUUCAAGACGUUUUUUUCUUCAGAAUAAAAGCUGCUCUAAUUUAAA